AUGGCGAGUCCGAAGCUGCUAGAUUUCUCUUCCCCUGGUGGUGAAUCGGACGAUUACUCUCCGUUUUCACCAACCCACUCCCGACGAAAAUCUUCGCGGAUCCCCGCGUUAAAGCGUCGUGCUUUCGAAUCAGUAACAGACGAAAAAACAAAGAAGAAGAACAACAGCAGCAUAAUGGCUUCUCCAGUGAGCAACCGGAUCUGGACCGAGGAAGAUGAGGUCAUUAUUCUAAAGAGUUUUGUGGAUUACCGAUACAAGACGAGAUACGAACCCAAAACUGAUUGGGAUGCCUUUCAUCGUUUCGUCGGAGGUUCCAUCGCUGCAAAAGUCUCGAGGGUGCAGCUGGCGAGUAAGAUGAGGAAGUUGAAAAGCAAGUUCCUUGCUGACGUCAAGAGAAUCAACCAAGGAAAAAAACCCCACUUUACUAGGGUUAGUGACUCUGAAGCCUUUGGAUAUGCCAGCUUGAUUUGGGGCGAAUAUGAAGCUCAUGGUGCCAUGAAUAAACCACCGCUGAGCGAUAGUAGCGAAGAGGAGGACGAGGUGAUGGCAAAUGUUGAAGCUUUAACUGAGAAUGUGGCAGCGAAGAGUGAAUUGGAUGUCAAAUCGCAUCAUGAAGUCGUUGCUGAUAAGAUAGUGGAGAAUGGGACUGCUGCUGGAAAAGAGAGUCAUGACGAUGUUGAUGAUACUACCGAUGGUGAUGAGUUAAGCGCUGUGCAGGAUGCAUUCGAGACCUUGUUGUCGCAAGGUUUGAGUGAUUUCAAGAAGAAGUUUCAGCUCGAGAAGCUGAUGAAGCUUGGAGAUGGGAAGAGAAAAGAGCUGAGCGAUGACUGGAAAGCGUUAUGCGUUGAGGAAGUGAAAUUCAAUAUCAAGAAGCUUAGAUUCUCCGCAAAGCUUGCAGAGGCACUAAGUGAGAAAUGA